AUGAAGCAUUAUCAGGAUAUGAGAUCAACGAAUCCGAUUGUCAAUUCUAUCUAUGAUCAGUGGCAGAAGUUUCGAAUAAUCUGUUUGACAAUGGGCAGAGAUUUAAGUCAUGAAGAACACGAAUACUGUCGUGAGCCAAGUGAAGGCAGGCCCUUGGUUGAAUUGAUCAAUAUCUUCGCGGAGUUCACCACUCUCAGUGCUGGCAUUGACUCGGUUGAUCAGUCCAAUCAUGAAGCUUGUCAAAAGCUUCUUGAUGCGUGCCUUGCCCAGAGAAACAGCCUUCUAAAAUGGUACGCUCAGCGGAUAAAGAGCAUUGGUGGUGGCCCCCUGAUUUCGAUCGACGAAUUUUGCUGCACAGAUAUAGAUCCGGUGGACGUCAUUUUCGGCAGGCCGUACAGCUUCGUCUCGCUUGAUAACGCCACCCUCCAUGUCUUUUACUGGAUAGCGAUGGUCAUUGUCUCACCUAUGAUUUAUCGAGCCCAAACUUUUGUGAGAUCCCUGGAGCACGGUAGCAAGUUCCGUAGUGACUAUGUGUCCGAUCCAGAUCACCUCCUAGUGGCAGUCUAUGCAGACGAGGUCAUCCGAGCUGUUCCUUUCUUUGCUCAGGACAAGAACAAACUACUGGGCCCUCACAUGGUAAUGUUUUGGGUUGCAGCAGCUUGUAAAGCUUAUAUCAAUCUCGGGACAUGCAAGAAAUUUGACUGGUGCCAGAAGACUCUAGGGAGCUUCGGACACAGGGGCUUUGAGUCAUGCCUCCAUUACCGUGGCUAUGCUUGGGAUUAUUGGAACCCAAUGAAUUCAUGCACUGCGGAUCCCUUUCUUCCAGCGUCUGUGAGGAAUGAGUUGAAAUCUGGAUCUCCAUCCUUCGAGUCAGAGGAUCAAGUCAGCGAUAUGUCUGAGUAUGGGCAAUCUCCCUUCGUGAACUGCGUCGAAUGGGUAUCUUCAGAGAGAGAUCUUGCUAAUUAUACGCUCGAAAAUUCUCUGCUCGAAGAUUCCUGGCAGAAGGGACCUACGUGUUAUGUAGCCACUCGGUAG